GAAUGAUAAAUCGUAUGGCAUUGUUUGACGUCGUAACCAAACAACGCCAUAUAUACACACAGGAUAAAAUCUGUUCGAUAGAAAUUUAUACGAAAUCAUUGUGGAAAAAAGUAAUAUGAGCGAAGCAGUUCGUUAUCGGUUUGGCCGAGUGGGCAUUUCCCGGCAGAUUCCUGAUAACAGGUGUAAUUCAAAACCAGAAGACCAAACCAGACCACUCUUUCACAAGAAAAAUUCCUGGACAAACUUGGCGACAAAAGCACGCCGGUUGAGCAGCCGACGGCGAACUUCUUCGAAUUUAAGCUCUACUAAAGCCUCAAAAGAAAGCACAAACAAUGUUCAAAGAACAAGCCCAAGUUAUGAGAAGGGUUUAGAGGACUACACAGCUUGGUGCAAUCAUUAUUUAAUCAGAGGUUUACACAGGGAAGUAACGCCUGAUCUUAGAACAGCUGUUGGCGAUGGUUUAACAUUAGUGAAUCUUGUUGAAUGUUUGAGCAGAAAAACUAUUCAUAAUGUUUCUCGUCAGCCAGCGACCUGGUCACAAAAACUAGAUAAUAUCCACGCAUGUUUUCAAUUCCUCAAUUCACUUGGUUUAAGGACAAAUGGUAUUUCCCCUGAAGAGAUAAUCGAAGGGAGACUAAAAAGUAUUUUAAAACUUCUCCAAUGUCUGGAAACUCAUUUUGAGAACGUAAGAUAUCCAGCUGAGAGGAAAAUGGAUGAAAGUCAAUCACGAAGCCCAGUAAACGGUCGUAUCAGCUCAGGUUACCAUAGUGAAGAUGACGCGUACCUUAACGGUAGAACGACACCGACGAUAGAGGCAUUACCUGGCUUACUGGAUGGAAGUGAUACUGAUAAUGAUAAUGACAGUUUUGAUUCCUCGAUAUUACGCUUGCAUCACGAUGGGAAAACUUCAUCGCCUCUUUCCCAAACCAAACCGCAUUCAAAUCGAGGUCAAUCUCUCAGAGCUGAAAGGUCUCUGGAUAACAUUGGAUACAUGCCCUCCCACCCUUCUCGUAAAAAGAGAGCAUCGAGCAAGUCAAAAUAUGACGGCCAAACUUCACCAGAGGAUAGAAACAUGCGUCAUUAUGGAAUUGCGUCAACUUCAAAUGUAAAACUAGAAACUGCAGAAACUGGCGUAUUUUUAACUCCUGAAGAUGAGUCAUUUCAUGCUAAGGAUAAUUAUGGAUUGGAAUUCGAUUUCGACCUAGAUGAUAGUAUAUCUCUGGAUAGAGCGUCUCUAUCAUCAACAGGUACCCCUGUCUUACCCGACUUAUCGUCAGAAUCGUCGUUUGAAGAUCUACCGCUGGAUUUUUCAUCCGACGCGGCUUCUGGACUACAGACUCGAGAUAGUUUUACGACUUCUUCUAAACUAUCACAAGAUUCUUUCAGGCAUGGAAAAUACAUAACGGAAGACGUGCAAAAACAGAUCAGCGCUUUGCAUUCCAUGUAUGAGAAAUUACUCGCACUUGUGGAUAAAGAUGUGUCGGACAGUAGAAGAAAAUCAAAAUUAAAUUUACCUCGAGUGGCCAUGUUACAAGCGAAAGGAAAGAACUCCAACAAGAGACAACGAUCGAAAGACAUGAAAUCUGUAAGUCGACGUUUCAACCGAAUUGAGUCGAAUGUUGUUACACUUGCAAGAAAUAUCGACCAUCUUCGGUCUGAGAUCCGUUCACAUGCAGAGACGAGUCAACAGUUGGACGAACUUCGCAUUGAUGUUCAUGACUUCAAGGAUUCAAUUUACUCUGGAAAUUAUUCACAUAAAAAACUCCCUCAGCGAUCAAGAGAUUAUGAUCAACAAGUUCGCAGACUUCAGAAAUUAAAAAGUUUUUUUGGAGAGGAACCACCCAUGGUAGCGAUCUUGUUACAAAAGAUGGGAUACGAAAGAUUCAUACCACACUUCAAAGCCGAGGAGGUUGGUAUUUUGGAACUGCCUUAUAUGACAGAGCAAAGAUUACAGAACCUUGGUAUUCCUCUCGGACCACGAUUAAGAAUUCUUGAAGAAAUACAAAAUUUGCGAUGAAAUCCGCCGAUUUAUUUAGUGAAAUAUACCGACAUAUUUACAGACGUCAAUUUAUUUCUUACGAAUUCCGACAGCUUUGCACAUACACUGUAUCAGCCCGGCGAAACAUGCAUUACAUGCAGGCUGUUUAGAUAGUC